AUGCCACCGUCAUCUAACAGCCCUUCACUUAGAUCUCGACAAAAGAAUACGUCGCUUCGCCUGGCCGUUCCAGGAAAAAGAAAUAAAAAAGCAUAUCGGUCUCUUGCAUAUGUAUCGGACUCUCUUUACGGAUUUCCUCUCCACAAAUAUCAUGUAGAUACGUCAAAGGCUUACCUGCACAACAAAAUCAGUGCUAACCGCGAGAAGGACCGUAGCCAAUGCCACAUACAAGAAGGUAGCCACCAUCGGCAACGGUCGAAGCUGGUGUUGGGAAAACGCUCCUCGCGUACGCAUCCGAUCCAUAGCCCAUUGGUGCUAUUUUCCUCGUGCCUAACAAAGUCUAGGUCAACUACAAUCGAGUACCUGUGGGACAGACAAACAUCCAAUGCAAGCUCUGUGAUAUACAUAUUUUGCCAGUUCUCCUCUCGAGACCAGCAAUUCCUUACCGCAAUUUUGCAGUGUAUGAUUCGACAGGUGAUCGAACAAGCGGAUGAGGGCUUACUCCUAGCCAUGAAGCAACUCUGCGCUGACCCAGCUAAACAAAGUACUCCUGCGGGGCUGGCUGAAUUAUUCGCAGCAGCCUGUGAGUUAAAGUCGACGUACCUUAUAGUCGACGGUCCUGAUGAAGUACCCAAGGCAGAAGGCUUGCUUCCCUAUCUGCCUUUUUUUGUUGGGGCAGGCUGCAAAAUAAUGGUAACGAGCCGAGAUCUAAGUCACAUCAGGAAGCAUAUGGGUACUGCAGUAAAGAUGGAGGUGUACUCGCAGAUUCAUGAUCUGGAACUCUACAUCAGCUCCCGCUUCCAAGAUAGUGACUUUCCUGACACCGAGGACUUCACCGAGGACAUCAUGAGAAAAUCGAGCAAUGUAUUUCUCCAUGUCAAGCUCAUUCUCGAUGAGCUUAUGGAUCUCACCACUAUUCGCCAAAUGCGAAAGGCGCUUAAGAAGGAAUCGAAAGGGCUGGAACAAGCCUACACAUCAAUCGUACAGCGAAUUGAUAUCCAGCCAAAGGCAAAGAGAGCUCUUGCGCAUCGUUUCAUUGGGUGGAUUGCGUUUGCAAAAAGACGAUUUAAAUUGAGUGAGCUAAUUCACGCUUUUGCUGUCGAGAAAGAUGAAGAGGAAAUCUAUGAGGAUAAUACCAGACAUGUUUACGCUACAUGUGUUUGA